AUGAAAUACUCCUUCGUUACUCUGGCCGCGGUGGCCGGAGCCGCACUCGCGGCGCCUCCGCCGUCCGCCAUCGACAACUUUGGCCCAGAUUUCUUCACCCCUUUCUGCAACCUCGACUACAAGGGCAAGCCAUGCGAGGAGCUCGUUGGGAAGGGCGACAAGAAUGCCGAUGCCAUCUGCAAGGCUGGCCGUGAGCACUUCUGCGGUCCUCAGAAGCGUGAUGCCGUUCCUGAGCCUCAGCCCGACCCCGUCGCUGAUCCGAUGCCCUGGUGUACUUGGCGCGGACAGCCCUGUUGGAAGGAGAAGAUGAAGGCCAAGCGUGAAGCUGAAGCUAUUCCCGAGCCCAUCGCUGCUCCCAAGCCUGAUCCCGUUGCUGAGCCUAUGCCCUGGUGUACCUGGCGUGGUCAGCCAUGCUGGAAGGAGAAGAUGGCCAAACGCGAGGCUAUCCCUGAACCAGUUGCUGCUCCCCAACCCGACCCUGUCGCCGACCCCAUGCCCUGGUGCACCUGGAGAGGCCAACCCUGCUGGAAGGAGAAGAUGGCUAAGCGUGAGGCUAUUGCCGAACCCGUUGCCGCUCCUCAGCCCGAUCCUGUCGCUGAACCUAUGCCCUGGUGUACUUGGCGAGGUCAGCCUUGCUGGAAGGAGAAGAUGAGAAUGGCCAAGCGAGAGCCUGAGCCCGUUGCUGCCCCUCAACCUGAUCCUGUUGCUGAGCCUAUGCCGUGGUGUACCUGGCGCGGACAACCUUGUUGGAAGGAGAAGAUGAGAAUGGCUAAACGUGAGGCUAUCCCCGAGCCCGUCGCUGCUCCCAAGCCUGAUCCCGUUGCUGAGCCUAUGCCCUGGUGCACAUGGCGCGGACAACCCUGCUGGAAGAAGACCAAGCGUGCCGCUGCCCCUGAACCCGCUCCCGAGGCUGAGAACGAACCUAGAUGGUGCUUGUGGCGAGGUCAGCCGUGCUGGAAGAAGACCAAGCGUGAUGCUACCCCUGAGCCUUGGUGCUUGUGGCGUGGCCAGCCCUGCUGGAAGGCUAAGCGCGACGCUGCUCCCGAGCCCUGGUGUAUGUGGCGAGGACAGCCAUGCUGGAAGGCCAAGCGUGAUGCCGGUCAAGCUCUCUCCAACGCCCUCCACGCAACUCGAUCCCUCGACACCCGAUCCGCCGACGCACCCAGCACCGCUCAUCUUCCCCGCGACGCCGCCCACAAGGCCAAGCGCUCCAUCGUCGAGCUCGCCAACCUGAUCGCCCUCUCUGCGCGUGGUAGUCCCGAGGAGUACUUCAAGAGCCUCGAGCUUGAAACCUUCUUCCCCGAUGCUGCCCCCAACGCUACCGCCAAGCGCGAUCUCAACACUCUUCAGGAGGAUAAGCGCUGGUGCAUGUGGCGAGGACAACCUUGCUGGAAGGCCAAGCGCGCUGCUGAGGCAGUUCUCGAUGCCGUCGAUGGCGAUGAUGGUGCUACUGGUCCUGGAGGUCCCGACUCUCACUACGAUACUCGGGACUUUAAGUCUGAGAACUUUGCGGCUAAGCGAGAUCUCAUUGCCAUCAAGGCAGCAGCUCGUAGCAUUGCCGACAUGUCCGAGGAAUAA